GGUCACUGCAUGCUCUAGAUUCAGCGGAGAAUCGCCGCCGCCGCCGCCCUGUGCUCCCUUUACGAGCCCCCUCCCAGUUGGGCGCACACGGGAAAACCAAACCCAGCCCACGCCCUCCGAGCACAGCCAUCGCCUCGCCCAACUCCCGCAUGCCACGCUGACUACUCACCCUCUGACCGCCCCCUACCGCCAUCAUGAACGGCUGGCUAGUCUUUAUCAUUGUGCUUUUGCUGCUCCUCUCCAUCUCCUACUUUGGCUGGUACUUUUACGCGCGCUGGAACGCCUCGCGCAAUGGCCUGCCCCCGCCCUCGAUGAACCCCAUGGUUGCCUUUAGCCGCUCCUCGUCGACCAACGCCGAGUCAAACUAUCCCGGCCCUGCCCCGACGGGCAUCAAGGGCUGGUUCGACACCCAAAUGCGCAAGUUCAAGAACCGCAACAACCGCUACACCACCGGCAGCGGCUACGAAGACUCGGGCUACAAUGCCACCGCUCGCGGCGUCGGCGGUGGUCGCGGCGCCGGCAGCCGUCUGGAUCCCGACGAAGCCUGGAGCGCGCGCGUCGGCGACGAAGCAUACUACGAGGAACAGGAACUCGGCCUCCACGAACCCCCCGCUACCCACCAAUCCAACCCUUUUGCCGAGCCUACUCGCGGACGCAGCCGUACUCGCGACGCCUACGACGAGCAUCUAGAUUCGCAUAGCGCGCAGAAUCCUUUUGGCGACGACAAUGCGACCAAUCUACGUGGCGUCAGCCCUCGGCCCGUCAUGGAUGCUGAUACGGGAUAUCAUGGUGCUGCGACGGCGACGAUGCCCAGCGCAAAGGAUCAUCGAAAGGGUGAUGAUAAUAGUCCGACGGAGAGUCGAAGGAGUAUUUUUAAAGAGGGGUUGUAAUACCUGGGGGUAUAAAAUACAUCUCUGUGUGACUGAGUUGUACUGGUGCUUUCAUAUGUUCGAUAUCAUGUUUUGCGAAUGCGAGUGUAUCAAGUGAGGAGUGGAUUGAGUGGAUUGAGGGAUUGAGGGAUUGAGUGGAGUAGGAAUGGACAUUUCAAACACCCCUAUGUUGUUCCAAGCGCGAGAAACGAGGAUUCCAUUACUCAUCCUCCUCAUUACUCAUCGGAAAUGCCUGGUGGGGUGGACAUGGCACGGUUCGGGAUCUGCAGACUAGAUAAUCAGGGUUCAAAUUUAGCAAAGUAGCAAU